AUGUCGGCACCGAUCCAUAUCUCCUCAAAGGAGCAAUUCAGCUCCCUCCUGACAACCUCCAAAUUCGUCGUGGCAGACUUUUACGCAGACUGGUGUGGGCCAUGCAAGCAGAUCGCCCCCGCAUACGAACAGCUGGCUAGCCAGCUCUCACGCCCGAACCGGAUCACAUUCACCAAGGUCAACGUCGAUCAGCAGCAGGAGAUUGCCCGUGCCUAUGGCGUUACAGCGAUGCCCACCUUCAUCGUCUUCCAGCAAGGCCGCCCCAUCUCGACCGUCCGCGGCGCCGACCCCAAGGCCCUCUCUGACGCAGUCCGCAAGCUCGCCUCCGAAGCCAGCAAGGAAGACUCCGGGGACGCCUCGGGCGACCUGAGCGGGGGCAACGGCUGGAUCGGCGCGGCGGCACCCAAGGGUUACAGCGACAUCACGGACCAGCACGAACCCAAGGGCGUGGAGCUGCUGAACCGCGACAGCGACUUCGGCACGGCCAAGACACUCUUCGAGUCGUCGAAGCCGUCGGCGCUCAGCGAGCGAGGCAAGGCGAAGGAGGGCGCGCCCGUGGACUGGGUCGAGAGCGAUACCGACGAGCAGCUGAUGCUCUUUGUGCCGUUCCAGUCGACGCUCAAGGUCCACUCGCUGCAGAUCACGUCGUGUGUGUCUGCGUCGGAGGACGACGAGGAUGCACCGAUGCGGCCCAAGACGGUCCAGCUGUACACGAACCGAUCGCAUGUGCUGGGCUUCGACGAGGCGGACGGGAUCCCUCCCGUGCAGACCGUGACGAUCCAGCCGGAGGACUGGGAUGCGAAGACGGCGACGGCCAAGGUGGACUUGCGGUUUGUCAAGUUCCAGAACGUCACGUCGCUGGUGGUCUUCUUCGUGGACGGCGACGGCGACAGCGAGAAGCUGCGGGUGGAUAGGAUCAGGAUCUUUGGCGAAGCGGGUGAGAAGAGGGAGAUGGGCAAACUGGAGAAGAUCGGCGACGAGCCGGGCGAAUAA